AUGAAUUUCUUUCAAGAAGAUGGUAGAGGCGGAAUUGUAAACGCAUCUGGAGAAGAAGCAUCAAAUUUUGUUGUAGAACCCUCAUUUCGCAUGACAAAAUUAGUGAAUCUCAAGAACUACAUUAAAAAUAAAAAAAUUAACCACAGAUAA